AUGAGUUGUUAUAAUUGUGGUAAACCAGGUCAUAUGCUCAGAGAUUGUCGCGAGGUAAAAUGUUUUGGUUGUAGGAAGUUUGGACAUAUACCUCCUUAUUGUCCAGGUAAGCAAGAGAGAUUAAGAUGUGCGGGUUGUGGUCGAUUUGGGCAUAAUAAAGAGGAGUGCAAUACGAGCAAUUACAACAAUAAAAGCGGUUUUCCCCAGAGAGAAAUGGGUCCGAGUACUUCGAAUGUGAGGACGAUUGAGCGGGAGAAAGUUGAAGGAGUUCGGGCAGUAAAUAUCAAGAAAGGAAAGGAGAAAAAUAUGGGAUGUUUUGGAUACCGAAAGGAGGGACAUGUGGCGAUGGACUGUAAAAAUUUGUGA